AUGGGGGCCUUGGCCAGGCUUCUGCUGAGAUCCACUCUGCUUGGAUUGCUACUCACAUCAGCCCCAGGGUCUCUGGGUGCCAACCCCGGCCUGGUGGCCAGGAUCACAGACAAGGGCUUGGAGUAUGCGGCCAGGGAGGGGCUGCUGGCUCUGCAGAGGAAGCUCCAGGACAUCGAGCUGCCUGAGUUCUCCGGGGACUUCAGGAUCAAACACAUCGGGCGUGGGAACUACGAGUUCCACAGUCUGCAAAUCAAAGCGUGUGAGCUCCUCGGCGCCACCCUGAGCCCUGUCCCCCGCCAUGGCCUGCAUCUCGCCAUCUCCAAUUCCUACAUCCGCGUGCAGGGCGCCUGGAAAGUGCGCAAGUCGUUCCUGAGGCUGAAAAACUCCUUUGAGCUGCAUGUCAAUGGCAUCACCAUUGCAGUCAACCUCCUGCUGGGCAGCGAGCCCUCCGGAAGGGCCACAGUGACCACCUCCAGCUGCAGCAGCCACAUACGCGAUGUGGAGGUGGACAUAGACGGGGACCUGGGGUGGCUGCUGAGUCUCUUCCACAACCAGAUAGAGAACAAGCUGCGCCGAGUGCUGGAGAAGGAGAUUUGCGAACGUAUCAAGGAAGCGGUGACCUCUGACCUCCAGCCUUAUCUCCAAACACUGCCAGUCACAGCAAAGAUCGACAGUUUCGUUGGCAUCGAUUACAGCUUAAUGGAGCCCCCUCGGGCCACAGCCCAGACUCUGGAGGUGAUGUUCAAGGGGGAAAUUUUUCAUCUGAGUCACCGCUCCCCAGUGGAUUUUCUUGCUCCAGCCAUGAGCCUCCCUGAGACACACAGCCAAAUGGUCUACUUCGCCAUCUCCGAUUACGUCUUUAACACAGCCAGCGUGGUUUAUCACAAGUUGGGGUACUCCAACUUCUCCAUCACGGAUGACAUGAUUCCAUCAGAUUCCCACAUCCGGCUGACCACCAAAUCCUUCCGUGCCAUCGUGCCCAGGAUAGCCAAGCUCUACCCCAACAUGAACUUAGAGCUCCAGGGGUCAGUGGUCUCUGCCCCUGUCCUGACCCUCAGCUCCGAGAACCUGUACAUGGCACCCCAGAUGGAGAUCGAGGCCUUCGUGGUCCUGCCCAGCUCUGUCAGGGAGCUUGUCUUCCGGCUUGGUGUGGCCACUAACAUGUCGGCCACGCUGACCUUCAACACCAGUAAGAUCACUGGGUCCCUGAAGCCAGAAAAGCUGCAGGUGGAGCUGAAAGAAUCCAAGGUCGGCGGAUUCAACGUGGAGCUGUUGGAAGCGCUCCUCAACUACUACCUUCUCAACAACCUGUAUCCCAAAGUCAAUGAGAAACUGGCCCAUGGCCUCCCCCUCCCGCUGCUGAGGCACAUCCAGCUCCACGACCUGGCUCUCCAGAUCCACCAGAACUUCCUGUUCUUGGGUGCCAACAUCCAGUACGUGCGAACUUGA